GUCCCAAUUAAUGACACCAUUGUGCAGUCCAUGAAGGUAAAGGUCACCGCAGUCGCACCACCUGGAGCUCCCCACAUGAAAGACAACACAUGUAACAAUGUUGUUUCUGAGGUGAUCUAUGAGAUCGAAUUCAGUGGCACACGUGGGAUUCAGAGUGUUUCUGUCCGGUUCAAAGUGAGCAACAUCUCUGGGAACUCAGGAUCCUCUCUGCAGCAGCACUUCACUUUGCACUUCUGGACCAGGACUCUUUCUCAUACGUUGCCUAGAAGUGGAAACCCUGGCUAUAUCACUGGAGCACCACUGUUGGUUGCAAACAGUGGUGCCAUGCAGCAUAUGAGCGUUUUACAGAGCGAAGGUGAUGGAAGUUGCUCACAGUUCCUCAGACACACAGUACAAUUUGGAAGAAAUAUGAGGACAGGCUGCAAGCUCAGCCUAUCCACAGUACUGGAAGAAAGUAACUGUAGUUACAUCCAGCAGAAGUUAUAUAAGGUGCUUCAGGGGAUGAACAGAGCAGAAGACCUUGCUAUAACUGGCAGUGCUCAUUCAACCCAGGCAGAAGAGUGGACAUCCAUUCUGAUUCAGAACUGCAGUGUGCAGGCUGUGAAUUGCACUUCCUGUUGCAUGGUUCCUGUGACCCUGGAGAUACAGAUAUUGUGGACUAAGGUGGGCCUCCUGUCCAACCCACAAGCUCAAAUACUGGAUGCACGCUACUUUUAUCAGUGUCACCCCCUGAAGUUCCUAAGCACAAGCACGGUACCUUUGACAACUGUCGUUACCUUCACUGACAUGACGGAAUGGCCAGAACCUCCACGAGGCCAGCCUCAAGUCCACUGGAAACUCCCAUUUGACAUCUUUUUCCCAUUCAAGGUGGCACUGAAUUUGGAAAGAAGUUAUAGAGGUGAUCUGGCUGGCUAUUUUUUGUUGAUUCUAAUAACAUCUAGUAUUCUCUGCUUUUGA